AGUUCCUUGCAGACUAAAAGAGGAAAGUAAAUAGAAAAUUAUUGCCAACCAAACCUGUGUGUGUGUGUGUGUGUGUGCGUAUGUGUGUGUGUGUGUCUCAUCAACAAAGGCAGCAUCAGUAGCUAAAUGUCAGCAGACACCUUCAGCCCUUUUGUCUGCUCAGAGGAGGUUGACCUGCUCUCUCUUUGAAACUAAUAAGCUGCUUGUCUUUGUGUGUGUGCUAAUAUAGAGAGAGAGGGUGUGUGUGUGUGUGUGUGUGUGUGUGUGUGUGUGUGUGUGUGUUUUCACACACUGAGCGGCGGUGAGAACCGCAGACGAGGACUGAGUCUCGUCUGCGAAUAGCAUGAAGCCGAGCUCCUCUGGUUUUAUUCUUCUAGCGUGAUGCUCGGAGACAUCACGCAGAAGGGCUAUGAGAAGAAGCGAUCCAAGCUGAUUGGAGCCUUCUUCCCCCAAACACCAGGAAUGGACCCGCCCACGGGCCAGGAGAGGAGAGCCCCGGUCACCCCGUCCUCGUCCUCCCGGUACCACCGCCGGCGGUCUUCCGGCUCCCGAGACGAGCGUUACCGAUCAGACGUGCACACGGAGGCGGUGCAGGCGGCGCUGGCCAAGAACAAAGAGAGGAAGAUGGCCGUGCCGAUGCCUUCGAAGCGCCGGUCGCUGGUGGUCCAGACCUCGAUGGACGCCUACACGCCGCCAGACACGUCCUCGGGCUCGGAGGGCGAGGGUCAGGGCGAGGGUCAGGGCGACGGCGGCGAAGAGGAGCGAGGAGACGGCGAGGAAGAGGACGGAGGUAGAGGAGGAGGAGGAGGAGGAGGAGGCGGCGGGGGAACCUGCUUCAGCCGGGAGGGGAGCAUCAGCAUGGAGCGCUGGAUAAACCGGGCCAUCCACGGCACCUCCUCCACCACCACCACCACCUCCUCCACGGCCUCCUCCUCCUCCUCCUCCACGCGCAGUGGGGGCAGCGGGGCGGCCGGCGGCAGGCUGGCCGACGUCCUGGCCCAACACGUCCACCACCACGCCCGCCACCACCACCACCAUCACCACCACCACCACCACCACCGCAAGACAGAGAACCACUCCGCCCCUCCGGACGUCACCGGCUACACCAACAACACCGCCGACGGGAUCCAGGUGGAGAGAGCCCCGGGCGCCGGCACCGCCGCCCAGAGGCCGACGCCCAAGUACGGCAACGCCGAGCUGAUGGAGACCGGAGACGGUGUUCCAGUCAGCAGCAGAGUUUCAGCCAAAAUACAGCAACUCGUCAACACUCUGAAGAGACCCAAGCGGCCGCCGCUGAGGGAGUUCUUUGUCGACGACUUCGAGGAGCUGCUGGAAGUCCAGCAGCCGGACCCCAACCAGCCCAAGGCGGAGGGCGCCCAGAUGGUGGCCACGCGGGGCGAGCAGCUGGGCGUGGUCACCAACUGGCCCCCGUCUCUGGAGGCGGCCCUGCAGAGGUGGGGCACCAUCUCUCCGAAGGCCCCCUGCCUCACCACCAUGGACACCAACAGCAAGCCGCUCUACGUGCUCACCUACGGAAAACUCUGGUCCAGGAGUGUGAAGGUGGCCUUCAACCUGCUGCACAAACUGGGAACCAAGCAGGAGCCGCUCGUCAGACCCGGAGACCGGGUGGCGCUGGUCUUCCCAAACAACGACCCCGCUGCCUUCAUGACGGCGUUCUACGGCUGCCUGCUGGCCGAAGUCGUCCCCGUGCCAAUAGAAGUGCCGCUGUCCAGGAAGGACGCCGGCAGUCAGCAGAUCGGGUUCCUGUUGGGGAGCUGCGGAGUGACGGUGGCUCUGACGAGCGACGCCUGCCACAAAGGGUUACCCAAGAGCCCCACCGGAGAGAUCCCACAGUUUAAAGGCUGGCCCAAGGUGCUGUGGUUUGUCACAGAGUCCAAACACCUCUCCAAACCUCCCCGAGACUGGUUCCCGCACAUCAAGGACGCCAACCAGGACACCGCCUACAUCGAGUAUAAGACCUGUAAGGAUGGCAGCGUUCUCGGGGUGACGGUCAUGAGGAUAUCCCUGCUCACACACUGCCAGACGCUCACACAGUCCUGCGCUUACACAGAAGCCGAGACCAUAGUGAAUGUAUUAGACUUCAAGAAGGACGUGGGGCUGUGGCACGCCGUCCUGACCAGCGUCAUGAACAUGAUGCACGUCAUCAGCAUUCCCUACGCCCUCAUGAAGGUCAACCCUCUGUCCUGGAUCCAAAAGGUCUGCCAGCACAAAGCCAAGGUGGCGUGUGUGAAGUCGCGGGACAUGCACUGGGCUCUGGUGGCCCACCGGGAGCAGCGGGACGUCAACCUGAGCUCCCUGCGCAUGCUGGUGGUGGCGGACGGUUCGAAUCCCUGGUCGAUCUCGUCCUGCGACGCCUUCCUCAACGUCUUCCAGACUAAAGGUUUGAAGCCGGAGGUCAUUUGUCCCUGUGCCAGCUCCCCCGAGGCCCUGACUGUAGCUUUAAGAAGGCCCGUGGAGGAGGGCAGCACGCCUCCCGGUCGCGGCGUGUUGUCCAUGCAGGGUCUGAGUCACGGCGUGAUCCGGGUCGACUCCGAGGAGAAGCUGUCCGUCCUCACGCUGCAGGACGUCGGCGCCGUCAUGCCCGGAGGCACGAUGUGCGUGGUGAAACCAGAAGGUGUUCCUCAGCUCUGUAAAACCGAUGAGAUCGGAGAGUUGUGCGUUUGUACGGUUGCCACGGGAACCUCCUACUACGGCCUGGCCGGCAUGACCAAGAACACCUUCGAGGUUUUCCCCGUGACCAACAGCGGGGCUCCAGUCAGUGAGUUCCCCUUCACCAGGACCGGCCUGCUGGGAUUCAUCGGUCCCGGUGGUCUGAUCUUCGUGGCGGGGAAGAUGGACGGUCUGAUGGUGGUCGGCGGCCGCCAGCACAACGCAGACGACAUCGUGGCCACGGCGCUCGCCGUGGAGCCCAUGAAGUUCGUCUACAGGGGCAGGAUAGCCGUGUUCUCCAUCACGGUGCUUCACGACGAGAGGAUCGUGGUCGUGGCGGAGCAGCGGCCCGACUCCACCGAGGAAGACAGCUUCCAGUGGAUGAGCCGGGUUCUGCAGGCGAUAGACGGUAUCCAUCAGGUGGGGGUCUACUGCCUGGCUCUGGUGCCCUCCAACACUCUGCCCAAGACUCCCCUGGGUGGCAUCCACCUGUCAGAGACCAAGCAGCUCUUCCUGGAGGGGGCGCUGCACCCCUGCAACGUGCUCAUGUGUCCGCACACCUGCGUCACCAACCUGCCCAAACCCCGGCAGAAACAACCAGAGAUCGGCCCCGCGUCUGUGAUGGUGGGGAAUCUGGUGUCGGGGAAGAGGAUCGCUCAGGCCAGCGGCAGGGAUCUGGGUCAGAUCGAAGACAAUGACCAGGCAAGGAAGUUCCUCUUCCUGUCUGAGGUGUUGCAGUGGAGAGCCCAGACCACCCCGGACCACGUCCUGUACACACUGCUCAACUCAAGGGGUACGAUAGCCAGCUCUCUGACUUGUGUUCAGCUGCACAAGAGGGCAGAGAAGAUCGCCGGCAUGCUGGCUGAACGAGGCCACCUGCAGGACGGAGACCACGUGGCUCUGGUCUACCCUCCAGGCAUCGACCUCAUCGUGGCGUUUUACGGCUGCCUUUACGCCGGCUGCGUGCCGAUCACCGUGCGGCCGCCUCACCCGCAGAACAUCGCCACCACGCUGCCGACCGUCAAGAUGAUCGUGGAGGUGAGCCGGUCGGUGUGCGUCAUGACGACGCAGCUCAUCUUUAAACUGCUGAAGUCCAAGGAGGCCUCGGCCGCCGUGGACGUCCGGACCUGGCCCCCCGUCCUGGACACAGAUGAUUUGCCAAAGAAGAAACCUCCUCUGCUGUAUAAACCGUCCAACCCCGACACCCUGGCCUACCUGGACUUCAGUGUCUCCACCACCGGCAUGCUCGCUGGAGUCAAGAUGUCCCACACAGCCACCAGUGCCUUCUGCCGCUCCAUCAAGCUGCAGUGCGAGCUGUACCCGUCCAGAGAGGUCGCCAUCUGCCUCGACCCGUACUGCGGCCUGGGCUUCGUCCUCUGGUGCCUUUGCAGUGUGUACUCAGGUCACCAGUCCAUCCUGAUCCCUCCGUCCGAGCUGGAGGUGAACCCGUCUCUCUGGCUGUCGGCCGUCAGUCAGUACAAAGUCCGCGACACGUUCUGCUCCUACAGCGUCAUGGAGCUCUGCACCAAGGGCCUCGGCCUGCAGACCGACUCCCUGAAGGCUCGAGGGUUGGACUUGUCUCGCGUGAGGACCUGUGUGGUCGUAGCGGAGGAGCGACCCAGGACAGCCCUGACGCAGUCCUUCUCCAAACUCUUCAAGGACCUGGGCCUCCACCCGCGGGCCGUCAGCACCUCCUUCGGCUGCCGGGUCAACCUGGCGAUCUGCCUGCAGCCUCACAGGCUGGGAAAGCUUGCCGACCAGGGCACCUCAGGACCCGACCCCACCACUGUGUACGUUGAUAUGAGGGCACUGCGGCACGACAGGGUCAGACUGGUGGAGCGGGGGUCGCCACACAGCCUGCCUCUGAUGGAGUCUGGAAAGAUCCUGCCGGGGGUCCGAAUCAUCAUCGCCAACCCGGAGACCAAGGGACCAAUGGGGGAGUCCCACCUGGGCGAGGUCUGGGUCCACAGCGGCCACAACGCCAGCGGUUACUUCACCGUCUACGGGGACGAGGCGCUGCAGUCGGACCACUUCAACUCCAGGCUCAGCUUCGGAGACACGCAGACCGUCUGGGCUCGGACCGGCUACCUGGGCUUCCUCCGCAGGACCGAGCUCACCGACGCCAGCGGAGAGCGUCACGACGCCCUGUACGUGGUCGGUGCUCUGGAGGAAGCCAUGGAGCUGAGAGGGAUGCGUUACCACCCCAUCGACAUCGAGACCUCCGUCAUCAGGACGCACAAGAGCAUCACCGAGUGCGCCGUGUUCACGUGGACCAACCUGCUGGUGGUGGUGGUGGAGCUGGACGGCUCGGAGCACGAGGCCCUGGACCUGGUCCCCCUGGUCACCAACGUGGUCCUGGAGGAGCACUACCUCAUCGUGGGCGUGGUGGUGGUGGUCGACAUCGGCGUCAUCCCCAUCAACUCCCGCGGCGAGAAGCAGCGCAUGCACCUGCGCGACGGCUUCCUGGCCGACCAGCUGGACCCCAUCUACGUGGCCUACAACAUGUAGCACUUCAUCCCCCCCCCCCACCCCCAGUGGAGGACACG